AUGGGCGACUCGGCGUACAAAGGCGUCUCGGCUGCGCAGGACUCGCGCUUCACCAACAAGGAAUCCGCCCUGCUGCGCAAGCUCAAGUUUCCUGCGCACUUUGACACCAAAGUGGACAUGACCAAAGUCGAGCUCUCCGUCAUCAAGCCAUGGAUCGCACGGCGCAUCACGGAACUGCUUGGUUUCGAAGACGAUGUCGUGCUCGAGUACGCUGCGGGAAUGCUGGAGGACAGGUUCCCGGACGCCAAAAAGGUGCAGAUCCAGCUGAUGGGGUUUCUGGAGGACAAGACGGCCGAGUUCAUGACGGAGCUGUGGGAGUUGUUGAUUUCUGCACAGAACAGUCCGGGAGGUGUGCCUCAGAAAUUUGUCGAAGAGAAGAAGGAGGAGUUACGGAGGAAGCGGGAGGAGGGCGAGAGGGUGGUAAGGGAGGCGAGGGAGAGAGCGCAGCGGGCGGCCGAGUCGGCGCCUGCGGCCAUGUCGGAGGAUGGACGAAGCAAACGACGGUCCAGGUGGGAUGCUGGUGCGCCAUCGAGCUCAAACGGUGCGGUUCAAGAUACUCGUCCACCAGCGUACAGGAGCAGAGACGAGUACCGUCCCAGAGACGGUCCCAGCAGAAACGAGUGGGGUGACCGUCGCCGCCGAGACUACGAUUCCUACAACCGCAACAAUGACGGCAGUGGCCCCGGUCGAAGUAGAGAUGCUGGUUGGGGGUCCAGAGCCCCUCGUGAAGCCAUCGACUCCUCUCACUACACCUCACGUCGCUCACCUUCGCCUCCACCGCGUCAUCGAAGAAGAUCCUCUACUCCUCCACCGCGAGAGCACAGGACCCGUCAGCGCUCGCGAUCAAGAUCCCGCUCAGUCACGCCAGACUAUCGUGCUACACUGCGCGAUCGAAAAAAGUCUCGUCCAGUCGAUGGAGAUACUCGAGAUCGCCUCGUUGAAGACCGUUCCUACAGGGCACGCCAUUCUCGCAACGACGACGCCGAGGACGAUGCAGGCACAUCCAGAAGGAGAUCUCGACACGAGCCAGAAAAGGAGACUGAGAGGGAAAGAGAGCUCAGAGACAAACUUAGCCGAGCUAGAGCUUCAAAGAGCUAA